CUCCGUCGCGCGCGCACAUUAUUAUUAUAUACAUAUAUAGCGGAGCAGCACCACACAUUCUGCACUUUUGUUGUUGCCAUAUAUGUAUACAUACACGCGCAGAGAGAGAGACACACUCACACGCAUACCUUUGAUGGAUACUGUUACCACAGUGCUGUGCAGUUGUAGCAGCAGCAGUAGGUUUCGCGCUGCUGUAUAGGUACAAACACACACACACACACGAUCGCGUGUUCGAAGUAGUGCGAGAGAGCCUGUAUACAUGUCGUUACAUUCGAUAAUAUACACGAGUAGUCCACUAGCGAGCGUCGUUGUAAAAAAAGCGUUGCAGCACGACUACUACUGCGGGUGUGGAUAAUAUGUGCUGCUGCACGCCAGUCGACGAUCGCCAGCAUCAUCUCCUCCUCGUAGACGACACCAGUUCGACUCUUUGUCAUUAUCGUUACGAUAGUUGUGCUGCCGCUGCUGUUGCUCCUGCUGCUGUAGUAUCUGUUGUUACGAGCCAAUUUAAUAGCUGACGGCGGUUAUUAAUACAUAAAAACCUAACAACCGAAUAUUUAUUCCCCGUUGAUUGUAUAUGGUAGUCGUCGUCGUCGUCGAAGGCUCUUCUUUCUUGUGCGUGUGCUGCUAGCUGCUGACUGCUGCUGCUCCGUAAGCAGGAAGUCCAGCCGCAGCUGUUGCGACGGGGAGAUUUCGUGACAGUUACCAUAGUGAAGUCGAGCUAAGGGUCUAUAUAUCUGCUGCUGCUGGUGUGAUCGUUACUGCAGUCUCUCUACUGUGUGUGCGAACAAUAAAAGCACCACGAGACCUGCAGCAACCCCGGAAGCUGAGAGCUGUGAACGCCGAGGCCGAGGUUGUGCUGCUGCUGCUGCUGUUGUGCCAAGGUGAACCAAGAGCACGCUUGGCCACGACGUAGCCCCCCAAGAGGCGGUUUCGACGAGGAACCCGCUGCUGGUGUCUUGGUCUCCUGCAAGGACUGUUCUUCGCUGGAGAUAUAAGACUGCAGCGGUUUCCCCUCAUCAUCAAGACAACAUCAACACUGUUGUAGCAGAUUGAUUAGUGUGGUGAAUUGUUGUUGUGAGAGUAGUUUACUGUGUUACAAGAGAGAGGUUACUACAACCUCCUAUCGUUUAAAGAACAGUCAAGACAAGAACUGCAAGCACCAUGUCUUCGCCAAGUGCAGGAAAGCGACGAAUGGACACUGAUGUCAUAAAACUAAUAGAGAGCAAGCACGAAGUGACGAUACUCGGCGGACUCAACGAGUUCUCGGUCAAGUUCUACGGACCUCGAGGAACGCCUUACGAGGGUGGCAUCUGGAAGGUGCGCGUCCAUCUGCCCGAGCACUAUCCGUUCAAAUCGCCGUCGAUCGGCUUCAUGAACAAGGUCUACCAUCCGAACAUCGACGAGGUCUCGGGCACCGUGUGCCUCGACGUCAUCAAUCAGGCUUGGACGGCCUUGUACGAUCUGUCGAAUAUCUUCGAGUCUUUCCUUCCUCAACUGUUAACAUAUCCAAAUCCCAUCGACCCGUUGAAUGGCGACGCAGCUGCGAUGUAUCUUCACAAACCAGAGGAAUAUAAGAAAAAAGUUGCGGAUUACGUGAGGAAAUACGCGACGGAGGAGGCGCUGCGGGACCAGGAGAACGGCGCCACGGGCAACGGCAUGUCGUCGGACAGCGAGUCCUCGAUGAGCGACUUCAGCGAGGACGAGGCCCAGGACAUGGAAUUGUAACCAAAUGGCAGUGGCGGCCAAGCGCAACGCUCCUCGAUUGCUGCUACUCCGAAACCGACGCGCAACGGACGAUUGCACUACUCGACCACUCGACAGCCGUAGAAUAGAAGAAAUACAACGAGAACAACGACGAAUCUCUCUCUCUCUCUCUCGUGAAUGCGCAUGUGUGUGACAAUGACGAGCUUUAUAAAUCUCAAUUUUGUAAGAAAAAAAAGUAAUGGGAAACAACGGCAACGUGACAAAAAAUAUCAACGCUGGAUAAUGAGAACGAGAUGACGUAUUUAUAAGCGAAGCCAAGUAACCAACCGAUCUGAGAAAAUGAAAAAUAACAAUAUAUUAUACGUCUUUCGCGGAUGAAGAGAUAACGUCAAUAGCGUUAGAAACUAUACCUGUACAGCUAGUUUAAACGUCAGGCUCAAAGAAAGAGAGAGAGAGAGACAUGGCUGAGUGAGAAAUAACGGGUUACAACGUGUUAUAGAGAGCGUGGUUUUGACAUAAAUCAUGGAAAACUAAAGCCUCGCGCGGCCCAACACAGUCCUUGGUGAAACUGCUGCUCUGUGGUGAAUCCCUCCUCCCCCCCCCCCCCCCCCC